CUCCAGCAAGAACAACUGAAGACGACACGUGUUAAUCACAGCUCACGGUUUCGUCGUCCUCGUCCUUCCUAUUUCCUGUCCGAAGUUUUUGACCAGGUCCACCGCGUCCUUUACAUCCGCAACAACUCUUGACACUCAGAAAAUCACUUUCAAAAACCCUAAUCACGGAUAAAAAUUCAAAACCCUUUUUUCCUCUCCAAUGCAAAAAAUAGAAACUAAAAAAUCUCCUCCAUUUUAUACCCUCUCCAACAAACAUUGCUCCUAAUCUCCUAACACCGCCAAAAUUAUAGAAAACCUCCUCCUAUGAUUCCCAGGAUUUGAUAAAAGAUCAAAAUCCAAAUCCAAGAAUCCCUAAUUUCAGCUUAUUUUGAUUCCAAUUUGAAGGAACUAUACUAGGGUUCAAUGGAUCGAAACCACAUCGAAUCAAAUUCCUACAAAUAUCUAAUAACAAACAAAUCAUCUUCAUGGCUCGAAAUCCGAUUAUUCUACGUAAGAGUAACUCCUUGCGUUAUCGAAAGCGUACCCGACCACCUGACCAUCCGCCAUCUCCGUCGUUCAAUCAGCACUCCACUCGAAAUAAACGGCUCUAAAAUCCCCUCCUCUGAUUCCGCCUCCUUAACCCUCCGUCGCGACCGCCUCAACAAGGAAUCAUCGGAGGUCACGUAUGUUAGCACGGACAGCGUGCGCGUCACCCGCGGGGUUGAAUUUGAAGUAUUAGAUAACAAGGACAUGGUUUUGUGUGGGUCGUUGGAGAGGAUCGAAACGACAUCGUGGGGGAAUAAUGGGGGUGUAGGGGGGUUGGAGAAUGAUGCGAAGACAGGGUGGAGUUUAGAAUGCUGUGUGGCGGCUGGUGUUUUUGAAGGGAACUCGGUGUUUAAAUUGGGGGUUUCGGCGCCGGUGAUCGAGGUCUAUAUUGCUGGUUGCUGUGGAGGUGUGCCGGUGAUUUUGACGAAGACCAUUUUGGUUGGUCCCAUGAAGAAACCGUCCAGGUAUGCGAUGCUCGAUGCGAUUCCAGAGGAUGAGGAGUUGGAUAAUAGGAAGCAAAACGGUGUUAUUAGUAAUGGGUUGGUUAGACAACGCAAAGUUCAGAUUACUGAAGCUGAAGAUGAUGAUGGCUAUGAAUCAGAUGAGAAAAUUGGAAGCCAAUACUACUCAGAAGACAUGUAUUAUGGUGAGGAUGGACAACUCUCAUGGUUUAAUGCUGGUGUGAGAGUUGGUGUUGGAAUUGGCCUUGGGAUGUGUCUUGGUGCUGGCAUUGGUGUUGGACUGCUCAUGCGUUCAUAUCAAGCAACUACGAGGAAUUUUAGGAGCGCCACGACUACCAGAUCUUUAGCGACAAUGUCACACCGCCGUAACACUAACACUCCUCCUCCUCCACAGCAACAGCAACAGCAACAACAACAACAACAACGUCUCCCUCUUGUUGUCACUCUCAACUGCAUCGAAGAUUUUGCCAUCGAACAAGACUCCUUAUCCGGCGUCGCUUUAAUUGAACACGUCCCUCUCGGCCGCCUCUCCGAUGGCAAGAUCGAAUCUGCCGCUGCCGUCCUCCUCCAUUCACUCGCUUACCUCCCACGCGCCGCCCAACGCCGUCUCCGUCCUUACCAGCUCAUCCUAUGCCUGGGGUCGGCUGACCGAGCUGUCGACUCCGCUCUCGCUGCCGAUUUAGGUCUCCGGCUUGUACACGUGGAUACUUCUCGAGCCGAGGAGAUCGCUGAUACGGUUAUGGCUUUGUUUCUAGGCUUGCUGCGCCGGACGCAUUUGUUGUCAAGACAUGCCUUAUCAGCUUCCGGUUGGCUUGGCUCGCUGCAGCCGCUUUGUAGAGGAAUGAGGAGGUGUAGAGGUUUGGUAUUGGGCAUUGUUGGUAGAUCUGCAUCAGCUAGAUCUUUGGCUACUAGAAGCUUAGCUUUUAAAAUGAGUGUGCUGUAUUUUGAUGUACACGAGGGGCCAGGAAAAUUAACCAGGUCUUCUAUUACAUUUCCUUUAGCUGCUCGAAGAAUGGAUACUCUUAAUGAUUUACUGGCUGCAAGUGAUCUUAUUUCACUUCACUGUGCUUUAACUAAUGAAACUGUUCAGAUUAUCAAUGAAGAGUGCUUGCAACAUAUAAAGCCAGGGGCAUUUCUUGUGAAUACGGGCAGCAGUCAGCUGCUGGAUGAUUGUGCUUUGAAGCAACUUCUGAUUGAUGGGACCUUGGCCGGUUGUGCCCUGGAUGGUGCUGAAGGGCCACAGUGGAUGGAAGCAUGGGUAAAAGAGAUGCCCAAUGUAUUGAUACUUCCACGCAGUGCAGAUUACAGUGAAGAAGUGUGGAUGGAGAUAAGGGAAAAAGCUAUCUCUAUUCUGCAGUCAUUCUUCUUUGAUGGGAUCGUACCAAAGAAUGCUGUUUCUGAUGAGGAAGGGGAAGAAAGUGAAAUAGGUGAUGAAAGUGAACAAUUUCACAGGCAAGACAAAGAAAGUACUCUGCAGGAUUCUGUUGGUGAGCAAUUGACCGAUGAUAUUCAGCUAACUCCAGAAACCUCUCGCAAAAAAGUCAGUGGUCAAUCAAUAGAAUCUACCAGCCAAGCUCAGGGUUCUGGCAUGUCUCAAAAUACAACCACAAGAUCUGAUGAAAGACGCAGCCGAUCAGGCAAGAAGGCAAAAAAAAGACAUGGCCGUCAAAAACCUCGACAGAAAUCAGACAAUCCUUCUCAAUUAGAGAAAGAAAGUACUUCACAUCAAGAAGAUGAUACUGCUAUGAGUGGCAGUGAUCAAGUCUCCAGUUCUCGGUUUGCUUCCCCUGAAGACUCAAGGAGUAGGAAAACACCAAUAGAAUUAAUGCAAGAAUCAAGUUCAGGCCAGCUUUCAAGAUCAGGCAAGAGGCUCAGUGGAAAGUCUGAUGAGCUGCUCAAAGAUGGGCACAUUAUAGCUUUAUAUGCAAGAGAUCGCCCUGCACUCCAUGUUUCCAGGCAAAGAGCUAAAGGAGGUGGUUGGUUCCUGGAUGCUCUGUCAAAUGUAACAAAAAGAGAUCCUGCAGCCCAGUUCCUUGUUGUUUUCAGAAACAAGGACACAAUUGGGUUGCGCUCUUUUGCUGCUGGUGGAAAGUUAUUGCAGAUUAACAGGAGAAUGGAAUUUGUUUUCACCAGUCACAGUUUUGAUGUUUGGGAGAGUUGGAUGUUGGAAGGUUCUUUGGAUGAAUGCAGGCUGGUUAACUGUAGAAAUCCUUUGGCUAUUUUGGAUGCACGUGUCGAGAUUCUGGCCGCCAUAGCGGAAGAUGAUGGUGUUACUCGUUGGCUAGAUUAGAUUGUGAUAGCAAGAUUUGAGAAACCUAAACUUAUUUUUUUGCCCAUCUCACAAUUCUUCUCAGCUACUCAUUUUGUUUUCUCCUUAAGUUUGUUGUUUCCUCGAAACAAUUUGUAAAAAGCAUUCUUUUCUGUUUCCUUUUUUUUUUCCUUCUGGUUUUGUAAGUUAUCAGUUAUAUAUGCAUCCAUUACCCGCGGGAUGUAUGGCCCUCUUGCAGAAAUGAAUGUACUUCAUAAUUUAUGAGAACUGUCCAUUUUUUCGUCAAAUGGAUCGUUGUUUCUACCUCAAUGAAUUAAUGAAAUUCCAUUGCAGUGUCCA